AUGGCGGACGAAAAGAAAUUCUCGCUGGACAUGAAACCGGCGACUAACGGUCAUUUAGACGUCGUUUAUGAGGAGAACAAGCCCAAGAUGGACAAGAGGACCAUUCUGAAGAACGUCUUCGUGGUCAGUCUCGGCUUCACAUUUCUGUUUACAGCUUUCAACUCCAUGGCCAACUUGCAGACUAGUCUCAACAAAGAGGAAGGCGUUGGAGCGUGGAGUAUGUCCACCAUCUACGUGUCCCUUAUUGUUUCCUGCAUGUUCCUGCCAAACUUCAUCAUUGCCAGAUUGGGUUGUAAAUGGACCAUACCUCUGUCCAUGAUUGGCUACAUUCUCUUCAUGUGUGCCAACUUUUAUGCUGUCAAAGGAACCAUGAUCACGGCAUCAAUCAUCCUUGGACUUGGCGCUGCCCCACUCUGGUCAGCAAAAUGUACUUAUCUGACACAGCUAGGCGUCUGGUACGCCAAACUCACCUCUCAGGACCAAGAUGGGAUCAUCAAUCUGUUCUUUGGCUUCUUCUUCCUUUUCUUCCAGAGCUCGCAAAUCUGGGGCAAUCUGAUCUCCUCGCUGGUGUUCACUGCAAAGGAAGACAACUCAACAAAGCCCGUAUGUGGAUCCAAGUUCUGUCCCACUGACGCCGUUUCUGGGAACGUCACUUCGAACUUCGACCAGGCAGAUACAAAGGUGUACACGGUGUGUGGCAUCUACCUCGGAUCCGCCGUUAUUGCCGCCAUCAUCGUGUCCGUGUUCCUGGACAAGAUUGUCCUGGACAAAGAAAGCAGCGCCGAAGACAGGAAGCUGAGCCCCAAGUUGCUGGUGUCCACGUUCAGACACUUGUUUUCUUCGCCUAUACAGCUGAUGUUGAUUCCUAUGACCAUCUACAGUGGGGUAGAACAGGCCUUCAUUGGAGGUGAUUUUACUAAGGCCUACAUCAGCUGCACGCUGGGGAUCUGGAACCUCGGGUUUGUGAUGAUAUGCUACGGUGUAGCCGACGCUAUCUGCUCGAUCCUGUUUGGGCGACUGGUGCACUACAUCGGACACAUACCCUUCUUUAUUCUAGCGUUCGUGACACAUGGAUCUCUACAGAUUGCGUUUCUCUACUGGGUUCCCAGUAAAGACGAGCCAAUUGUAUUCUACGUGUCUGCCGCCCUCUGGGGAAUGGGCGAUGCCGUCAUACAGACACAGAUUAACGCUCUGUACGGACACAUCUUCCAUGACAAAGCCGAAGCAGCUUUUGCCAACUACAGACUCUGGGAGUCACUGGGCUUUGCCGUGACCUUCGCCUACAACGACUAUCUCUGCACAGACACCAAGCUCUACAUCUGUCUCGGCGUCCUGGCUGCUUCCGUCGUCUGCUACACAAUGGUGGAAGCAAAGCUCUACUACGAUCAUAAAAGGUCUGCAGAUAUCUCAGUUCCAGGGAAAUAG